GAGGCAAAUAUUGAGCUUCCGGAGUUCCAGCGAAGACACGAAGUAGUAUUCAAUAUCUUUGGUUUUAGCUCGAUCAUGUUACUAGGAACAAGACGUUGCCUAAGCCUUAGUAGGUACUAUACGACCCAAUAAUCGAUCGAGUCACUCAAGUUACCAGAUUACCGUAGCCUGACACACAAACUGCAGCUGCUGAAUAAUCAAUGGCAGUUCAACUUAGGGCAUGCGACUUGCCAAAGUUGAUGACUUUUCUGCACGAAUACUUACCAGAAAGUAUACCGAUUUAUUUUACAGCAGACAAUGUGAUCAGAGGGCAUCUGACAACUGCAGAAGUACAUUUUGGUGUAGACACUUGGCCCAGUCCCUCCUGUGUUAUUGCUGUUUCACCAGCUCACGAAGGACAGCUGUGCAACUAUCGCACAACAAUUGAUAUUUGGACCAAGGAUCCAAGAAAAGUUGAGAGUGUACUACAUGACAGUGAGCUUGUAGACUGGACACAACCUAUAUUUUUCAGAGUACUUGGAGAGACAGGCAUACACCAGGUACAAGAGCUGGUCAACAAAAGCUCAGAUACUAGCAGUUGUGUUCAACGCAACAUUUAUACUCUUGGAUCCUUGCCACAAAAAAAAGAGGCACCAUCUGGCUUUAAUCUUCUUACCCUGGACCAGAAAGAUGCACAUAUAGUUGGACUUCAGUAUUCAGCAUGGCGAGUUAAGCCAGCAGACACAGUUAACUACUUUCAAAGAUGUUCACUACUGUUACCUAGCAGCUGUUUGCAAACUUUAGAUGGACAACUUGUUGCCUAUGUUGCUCUUCAUCAUACCAGUGCAUUUGGUUCAGUUUUCACUGAUCCUAAUUACCGUCAGAAAGGCUUUGGGGAGAUAGUUGUUGCAGACAUUUGUGCAAAAAUGACUGCAGAUGGGCAGACCCCAUAUGUCUUUGUUAAUCCAGAAAAUAUUGCCAGCAUCAAACUAUAUGAAAAGUGUGGGUUCCAGUUAAAAGGAGUUGCAUACAGAAUCAGAUAUAUACCUUUUCACAAGCAAUAAUUUUUUUCAUUUGUUCUUAGGUUUUUCUUUUUCUUUUUUUGGCAGUAAGAGCUUAGGAUGCAGACUGCAUUUAGUCUAUUUUUCUAGCUGCCGGAAAUGCCAGAUUUGUAGGCUGGAUUGCUGGUUGCAUUUGUCUAUGCAUCUUGAAGUAAUUUUUUUUUUUAAGGGGAAGAAAAUAAGAUUCAGUUUCAAAUUAUGGCUGUUAUAUAUCUGGCUGUUAUAUAUCUGUGUUAUUUUUAAUACAGGGGCUAAAAAUGUUUUCACUGUCAUAUUUUGGGAGAGAUUUAUUGGACUUUGUGCAUUGAGUGGUGCAGCGGUUAUAAUGGUGCAGCGGUUAUAAGUGCAAUGAAGACUGUGAGCCCUGGGAUAGGAUCCCACCUUCAUGGUGUUUUUUUCUAUAUGUGAUAUAUAUGUGCUUUCCAUGAUCUUUGUUUUCUUGUGAUUAAAAAUCAGGAGCAGCCUGAUACACUGAUACAUUAACCUACUGUAUAUAUAUAUAUAAUUUAAAUAAACUAUAUAUGUCGUUCUAGAAGUUUCACUGUUAGUCCAAUUGACACAAAUUAAAGUACAUGUAUA